CAAAAGUGAUUUGUGAGAAGUUGAAUAUAAUAAUGUAAAAAACUGUUGUAGAUUGGAGCUCUUUUUGUUGAGAAGUGACAUUUGAUGCUGUACAUGGUGUAGGUAGAAAGGUACAGAUUGACGAAAGUAAGUUUUGGAGAAGGAAAUAUAAUAGAGGCCGCCUCAUUGAAGGGCAAUGGGUUUUUGGGGGAGUAGAUAAGGAGUCAGGUUACACUUUUAUGGUUGCUGUAGAAGACAGAACAUCCGAUUCAUUGGUAAUUAUAAAAGAAUUCAUUUUGCCUGGUACAACCAUUGUAUCCGAUUUUUGGAGGGCCUAUUACAGUAUUGCCUAAAGGACGAGGGCUAUGAGCAUCUGAAGGUGAACCACAAAAUUAAUUUUGUGGAUUCUGACUCGGGUGCUCAUACCAAUAAAAUUGAGGCCUCUUGGAUUCAAAAAUCAAGUUUGCCUCGAUAUCAUAGAAAAAGCGUUUUUCCUGGAUAUCUAUCCAAAUACCUUUUUAUUAAAUCAUGUAAAAUAAGAAAGGUGAACUCAUUCAUUGAAUUCUGCAAAGAAGCGGGAAAACUAUGAUCCUGCCAGAAAAAAUUAUAAUGAUGAGAAUGAAGACUUGGAGGAUGAUAUUGGAAUGAUUUGAAUGAGCCAUAGCCUACAACAACAGCCUACAGCCUUAGCCUAUAACCACAGCCAAUGGCAAAUAUAGAAUACUAGCUUACCCGGCGAACUUCGUACCGCCAAAAAGUCAAUGUAAUGCCAAUAUAGAGAAUAUGGAGGAAAAUAAUACUACAAAGGAGACAAUUUCAGAUGCUCAAAUCAGAGUCAAAAAUGAAAUUGAAGCCAAUGUACUAAAACAUUUUCAGAUCAAGGAAGAGAAAGAUGAAGACUAUACUGAUGCCAGUUCAGAAAAUAGCAAAAAUAUAGCGGAUGAAGUACAUAAUAAUCUAGUGCAAUCAGAGGUAAAAAGAGAUGGCCCAGGUGAAGAAGAAGAAGAUGAUGGAUGCAGAGACAAUGUUAAUUUUGACAUAGAUAUUCAUUAUAACUAUGAUAUAAAAAGGGAAUUUCAAUUGCUCGAUUUUGAAAGCGAUGUUUCAAAGACAAAUGAGACACUAGGGAAUGAAUCAUUGCCGAAUAAUCACUCUCUUAAAAUUGAAGAUUGUGCCAGUAGAAGCAGUGAUUGGUCAUCAACAAUUGAAUAUAAUAUGGAAGCAGAUUUCUGUAACGAUCGAAUGGAAGCAGAGCAGGCGAUGAAAAGUGAAUUCUGUCAACCAAAUGCUUGCAGUUUGGUUGAAAAUGAAAACAAUAAUUUACAUACAUUGAAGGACUACCGACGUGCUUUGGAUAUGGAGAAGAAUGACAAAGAAGGAAAAGUGUUUGUUUGUAGUCUGUGCGGCAAGAAAUGUGCAUCCGAGUUCCUGCUGAAGAAGCAUUCUAACAUUCACUCGCCGUCAAACCUCUGUCCGAUUUGCGGCAAAUUGUUUUCGCACCCGCAUAACAUGAGUAUACAUAUGAGAGUGCACUCUGGUGAGAGACCAUUCGAAUGCACAAUAUGCAAGUGGAAGUUUCCACGAAAGGAUCAUUUGAAGAGGCACAUGGACACUCACACGGGUGUCAAACCACACAAGUGUUCGAUCUGUGAUAAAACGUACCGAAGGUCGACCCAUCUCAAUAGACAUAGAAAGAGUCAUACUGGGGAAAAACCGUACCAUUGCGUAGUUUGCAAUAAAAUGUUCUCUGAUAUCAAUUUUUUAAAGCGUCAUCAGGCUGCUAUGCACAAGUACUGAUGUUCAAAUACUAGGCAUUUUCGCUGGUUAUUGGUUGCAGAAAAUAUGGUCGUAAGAAACAAAUUUUUUUACUCGCCUGCUCAGGUGGUAAGAAUUUGAGUUGAAUUCAGACUGUCACGCUACGCCUGCACCGGUAUAACGGACAAGGCUAGCACACACGUUCCAGUUUACUUGAAACCUCUCCGGUAUUACGUGUUUAAUGCCAAUCGAAUGAUGGGAUUUGUCCUCGUCUUUCACCAUUCAGAAGGGUGUCUCCUGGUGGGUCGGAAGCCACUUAAAAUUGUAGGUCCAUUCAUCAUUCCUUCCUUUACCUGUAUCUUGGGCAUCAUCCUCAUAAAAAUAAGCUUAAGAAUAGUGAGAGACAUUUUAAAAAUAUAUUUGUUAUUUAUUUCAUUAGUUGCAAUAAUGAUAAUAAUACUUUUAGGAAGACCCAGAAGGGUUAAAUCCAAAACUGUUACUUAGUCCAAAUAAAGCUUGUGACACAUAUUUUUCUAGUUUGAUACUACUAUUCGUGAAGGGGGUGAGGGGCAAAAUAGUUGAUACGCAUAAGCAUCUCCGAAAUAUUAGUGAAUAGGAAUUAAAUGUUUUGUUGACCACUUGUAGGUGACGGCUACUCUAUUGAUGCACCACCUUCUAUUGUACAUCAUCAUUCAGAGUGUUAUGAUUUGAAAAGUGCCUUGUUGAAAAUUGGUUUUAACAUAAUUUUGUUGAAAACUAAGCUCAUACAUUAAAAAUAAUCAAAUAAAUGUUUUAUCAAGUUGUACUAUGAUAUUAUAUGCUAAUAUGCCUAAUAGAUUUUUUAUUAAUUUUAUACAAUGAAAAACAGGAUAUAUUUUCUGUGAUGUUAUACUUUAAAGAUGUUUAAAUAUGGAAUUACAAUAUUUACAAAUUAAUUAUAGGA